UCCACAAGUCAGUCUUAGACGAUUCGUCGGCCCGACACCAUCAACCCCAGCUUACGUCACACCGAAGGCUCUCUAUAGUGUACUAGUCCCCUCUGAAGCACUUUCGGUAGAAAGCGCCCUCUUCUUCCUCUCCUUGUUAAAAGUGCAAAAUUCAACCGUUAACGAAACUGAAUUCGUAAACGCUGUUCUGUGAAUAACCAUCCCGUUAGCGAUCGAUAUCAAUCAACGGUGUUAUAGCCAUUUCUAUUUUCUCGAUCGAGUGUGUCACCACCAAGACAGAAGGAGGACUUCAUUUGACAAAUCAUGAUCGCACUAUAUUCGUUUGUGCGGAGAGGCUGAGUGGACGCCAGACCCUGAAAGUUGUCAAUCGUGCGAGAUAACCCAUUAUCAGUGCGUGCCCCGGAGUUUAUUAUUACGUUUGGGAAUUUAAUCGUCCUGAAAAUCCUCGAGACAUCAUUGAAAAAACAAGAAAUAAAACACCACAUAUUUAUUGAAAAAGUGAAGAAGACAAACUAUAGUGCUUGAUACGUGUGCAACUUGAGGGAAUGACAUAGAUUAUAAAAGAAAAAGAAAAAUCUUGGAUACAAAUCAUUGGAGAUCCCAGAUUUAGAAAAAUGUGAAUCGUACAUUCUUAAACGGUAGCAAGUGACAUCCCGUCAUCGAAAUCUGUAGCAAAAUAUUGACGAGAGAAAGCGGAAGUCUCGCGGCUGAUCCCAAUAUUCUGACUGUUGGAGAUUCGACGUGAGAGAAAGAACGAAAGGAAAAAACUUAUAAAAAUGAUCUGGCUUACCUGACGCAAUUUAUAAGUUUAGGUGUAAGAAUAUUUUUUUAAUUGCAACUUUCUACGUCCUCUUCUGUGAUAUAAAUAUAAAUACAAGGAUGCUUAGCACCAUGAAGUGUUUAAAAACGUUAGUUUUACUACUCAUGGCCGACGCGCUGGUCAGUGCCAUGUCAAAUUGUACAAGCGACGCCAACACCCCGCACUCCCGAAAGAAACGUCUGAUCUUCAUCACGUCCGAGAGACGGCUGACGCUGCCCCCGGAAACCCUGUUGGUGUUGACGCCCACCCUGAGUAUCCCCGUGGCUAGGAACCUCCCGACGGGUUACCACGCCUCCAUGACCAUCUCCAUCCCCUUCAAGAUUGCAUUUGAUGACCUUGGUUUGACCUCUGAAGAAAACCCCUGGGGACUGUGGCCUGCAUUCUUUAGGAGGAGGCGUGACACUACCUCCCUCCCGGGCAUUAAUUGGGCAGGUGGCGACAGGGAAAUGUUGUACCAGGUGGUAGAGGACGCUCUUCACAACAUGGGCCUGGAUGGGAAGGCCUGCCUGCUGAGGGCUAUCUGCGAAGUGUUCCAACUGCCCCUCAUCAACCACGGAUUCUUUGGGGAGGUUCUCGAGUUGUUCCUCAGCGCCAGCAGAGCUCCUCACGCAGACAAGCGCCUGGAUGAGUACUCAAGAGCCGAGCGAAUUGGAAGGUCGAGCGGAGAGUGCUUCGAGUACCAUGAAGCAUGUCAGUGGUCCCUAUUUACAAACCCAGGACAACUGCACUGGGAGGACGAGGAUAUAGCUGACGAAGGAGUUGUGGGCCAGUGCUCUAAAUCAGCUUCUUACGAACAGACAAACAAAAAAGAUGCCUUCUUCGAGAUCCCACACAGUCCCUCUAAAACCAACGCGAAGAAAACUACAGCAAUCACUAAAUUCACAAAAUUACAGAAAACCAAUUAAGGUUUUAUAUGAAGAUGUACAAAAUUAGGCAUUUUUUUUUACUUCACUGUACGAAUGACACAAUGCUGGACAUUGUGAAGUUGUAGUGGCACUUACAUAGUUUUAAGACUGUAUCAGAACCACUUGUAGUGGUACAAGUUAAUUUCCUACCUGUCAUGUAUGUAGUAUUUGAAAACCGUCAAUAGAUUUAUCAUGCAAAGUCAUGCUUACUGAGAGCUUUUGCAUUGCAUAUGCGAAAUUCUCAUAUUACCUGGCCUCAUACAAUGUUGAUGACCAAACUAGUUGCAACAUCAGAUUACAAUAGAGUCAGUCAAUUAAUACGUAAUGCCUUGUAUGAGGUUGUACUGUAAAAAUAAACAUGUUUAGGUUGUGAUGUAAAUCCAGUGAAUAUGUUUAAGUUGUAACUUACAUUGGUGAAAAAAGUUUAGGUUGUACUGAAAUCUCAGUGGAGAUUUUCAAGAGGAUGAAGGCAUUUAGCCAUUAAAAGCUGCCGUUUUUGUUGUUGACACAAUGCAUUUAUUCAGUUGGAUGAAAAAACAUAAAUGAUAUCAUGUGUAAACAAAAAAUGGACACUUGAAUCUACAAUGACAUCGGUCAUAUACAAGUUGUGACCCCACAGAACCCCUUCAAGGAUUCUCUUUCCUGUGGCCACAACAGAUGCGAGUGUCUCUCGGGCAUUUUAUACAUAUCGUUGCUUGCUUGUCUUAAGAGUGCAUUUGUCCGAGCAUAUGUAAAUAGUGUAGGAAAUAAGUGGUUACAUACAGCUGGACGUCUCUUGUUUUUCUCCCAAAAGUUAGAGAUCUUCAGAGCUGAACUAUUCCUCUGGUGAUUCCCAAAGGCAAAGCCUUAAUGCUUGCUCAAUACUAAGACUUAAGUGAAUCCCAAUGAAUCCAGUGUAUAAUGGCAUUUUUGACUGUUCACGAGUCAGAAUUUUUCGUUUUUUUCGUUUGACACAGAGGAGCAAUGAUUUAAAACAUUGAAUGACAUGAACAACUGAUAUUUGCUACUUUACAUUUUGCUGAAUAAAACUUGCUUUAUUUCCAAUAACAUGACAGUUAUUGUUGAUAGGAUCUAGGAUUCUUAAGGUAGUAACUCAUCACACAGACUUCCAUAAGGUGUGUAAAUGUACAGAGAGAGAGAGAGAGAGAGAGAGAGAGAGAGAGAGAGAGAGAGAGAGAGAGAGAGAGAGAGAGAGAGAGAG